AUGCAGGCUACUCUAGUAAAGAUCUUAAAGGAUAUGAUGAUGUUUAAUAAUCUUUCAGCAUGCUGGAGAGCAAAUGGGUCUAAAAUCUAUUGUGGUCGACGCAAUGCACUGGAAAAUGUAUUGUUGGGGAGAAAUGUCUCUGCAGCGCAAGCGGCGUAA